GCUAUGUUUAUAUUGGCAACAGGGAUUUUCAUGUUUAUGACACAAAAAUGUCGCGUCCAAAGUAUUUCACACCUAAUGAAGUGUCAGUCCAUAACACCAUGGACGAUUUAUGGGUUUCGUUUUUAGGAAAGGUGUAUGACCUGACGCCGCUGUGUGAAAAGUACAAGGGAGAUGUUUUGUUGAAACCUAUCAUCCAAUCAGCUGGUAAAGACAUUUCACACUGGUUCAACCCAAAGUCUAAAGAGAUACGAACCCACGUCGAUCCGUUGACCGGUUGUGUGAUCCCGUUCUGUCCAAACGGGAGAUUUGUCCACAUCCCCCCACCCUUCCCAGAUUCAGACUGGGCCAACGACUUUGGCCGACCUUGGUGGAAGGAUGCUGGCUACAUGGUGGGGAUUUUGUCACAGAAGACGAGAUUCAUAAAAAUUAUCAACACACUGACAUCACAGGAACAAGUUAUAGAGGUGUGUUCGGAAGAAAUCCUUGACGAGAUCUUGGAGCGGUAUCUCAAGUACAAUGCACACGCCAACAGUUACACAUGGAAAUACGACGGCCGCAAUCUUGACAUGAAACAGACGCUGUCGGAAAACAACAUCAAGGAUGACGACGAAGAUUUUUACAUUCUCAGCAUGAACGAUGACACUUUCUUACAGGCCAUACAUCUCUAUUUCAAUGAUGACCUUACUGAGGCAUAGAAAAGUUACGAGAUUGAUGUGUGUAUUUGUGAACAAUGUGUUACUAGUAUGUGAUGAAAUAUUUUUUAACAAGAUUUGAAAAAAAAGUGACAAAAGAAAAGUGGAACCAAAGAGCUACAAAGAAUCUGUUCUACCAAAUAAUUCUUGAGAAUUUAUUUAAUUUUUUUUGUUUUAAAAUAUCAAAUGUUUUUAAAAAGUAAGGACCAUUUUAUUAUGUAGGACAAAAACCUAUAAAGACUGAGUCACCACGAUAUAAAUGUUUUACAUCCCGUGCCUUUAACAAUUGAAGCUUGAUUUAAUAUAUAAGUUAAAGGGUUUUUUUUUAACAACUUGAUUGAAGUACAUUGAUUAAUUUAAUCAUCGGUUAUUGGAUGUCAAACAUUUGGUAAUUCUGACAUAGUAUUCAAAGGUAAACUUUUUAUAAUAAUCAAAUAACCCAAUAUUUCUCUCAGGAAAAUAGUAUCUCUGGCUUUUCCCAGUGACAUUAACUUUUUAACUCUAAAUAUACUCAUCAAAGUUAAUUAAGGGCGAAUAGAUAUUUUGAGCAUUUUUCUUUAAAUAAGAUUUAAAAAACAACAACAAACCCCCCCUCCCCUCCCCCCCCCCGAUUCUUCCGUUGUACGAUAAUAAAAAAAAGAAGUUUUGUUUAACGACACCACUGAAGUGCAUUG